GGGGGUGAGGGCCUGAAAAACGAUGGCCGCCAUUUGUGAUUGAAAGCAGUGCUCCUCCAAAAAGCUGAGUAAAUUUCUUUUUUGGUGGCGAAAAACCCGUACAUUUGCAACAUUGGCCAGCGCGCCGCAUAGUUUGCUAGUUUCUCCGCGGCCGGGCAGUGUUUUCCGCCAGAAAUGGUUCGUAAUACGCGCACUUCGAUCGCGUUGAAAAACGCCUCUGCGGCGACUGAGGAGGAGACUCCGCCACCACCACCGUCAACAUCGUAGGAGGCCGGCGAUGACGAAGAGGUGGCGGAGCGCGGGUUCCCGCGGGAACUGAUGGCUUCGGGGAAUGAAAUUGACCUGCCAGCUUCGCUGGCGGCGAGUUUGAGUCCGUCGGUGCUGCUGCAGAAAUUGCCGGUGGAAUCGGGUGGAAGGGGUUCGACUGGGGGUGGGAGUGCCCGCAAGGGACCCCGGAAGAAGACGCAAACGGCCGCUCCGGCUCGGGCUUCGCGAAGCAGGGGGAAAUCUUCCCCGGUUGAUGAUGUGGAGAAGGAGGACUCGAGUGAUGCGUGCCGAAGAAGUGUUUCGACAUGGAACUGCAAGCGCUGGAACCGAUCAAGAAGCACCGCUCGGCGGACGACUCGAAACGGUCCAAGGAAAAGUCGCUGGACAAGCAGAGGCAACGCGUCGAGAAAAAGGUUGAGGUUCCCAAGAAGAAGCUGACCGAGCUUAAACAGAGCAAAGAGCCGAAGCCGGAAAAGAGUUGUUCAACGGACACGUCCCUGAUUCCCUCAAAACAUCACGGUUCGUCCAGCUCGAAGAAGGACGCUUCCUCCCAGCAUCGCAAGCGAAGAAAGAGUGUCGCCGGAGCGUUGAUUGAAGACAAGGCGAAGGACGAGCCGAAGCUCCUGGAAAGUGUGGCACCCCUGGACGCGGACAAACUUGAGGUGAAAGAGGAAAAGCUCGCCGAAGGCGAGGUCAAGCAGGAACCGGAACACCCGGAUGCACCGCGCGUUGCCACGAAAGCGUCGCGAAAGAUGUACCAGAACGUCGAGGAAUUGCAGAUCGUGGCUUCGUCGAUCGAGUCCGUUCCGUCGGAGAACAAGGUUAAGCCGGAGGUAAAACCGGAGGACACGUAAGUGCAGCAAAUUGCGGACGAGUUUGACAGCAGCGUGCAGAUUUCCAUCACGCUAACGGAGAUGGAACCGAAGCAGGAGGAGGAAUCGGUGCCAGCGCAAACCAUUCUCCACCCUCGCAGGAGCUGUCCAACGAAGAUUCCAACUCGAACUCGAGAAGCGUUGUUUUUUUUAAGUAACGCAAAAAAAAUGGAAAAAUUGUGAAAAAUGUUGAAUGAAGCGUGCGACCCCCCUCCCGUUACGUAAUAAAAUAAUGCUCCCUAGG